AUGAGCGGCUUCGGAUCUAACGUCCCUGAGGGCACCCACGGCCAGCACAACUCCCGCCUGGCCAACGCUGCUGACCCUCGCAUCGACUCGGAUAGGGAUCACCGUGCCGCCCCCGGCAACACAACUGGCCUUCAGUCAUCUGGCUUUGAGUCGUCUGGUAUUCACUCAUCUGGACUCGAGUCUUCCCGCCACACCACUGGUGUCCAUGAGCCAACCCACCAUGGUGUUGGAACCCAGGAGGGUGCCUUCGGCACAACUGGUGCCAACCGUGGUCUCAGCGGUCCCGCCUCCAAGACUGAUGGUCCUCACAACAGCAACCUGCUGAACAAGGCCGACCCUCGCGUCGACUCUGACCGCGACCACAGCAAGAACGUGGGCCUGAACCCUCAGCGCGAUGCCACCACUAACACUCUGGGUGGUUCCACCGGCCGCACCACUCAUGGUGACACUCUGGGCUCUACCACCCACGGCACCACCCACGGCACCACCCAUGGCAACACUCUGGGCUCUACCACCCACGGCACCACUCACGGCACCACCCAUGGCAAUACUCUGGGCUCUACCACCCACGGCCACACCACUGGUGCUCCCGAGGGCACCCACGGACCUCACUCAUCCCGUGCUGCCAACGCUGCCGACCCCCGCGUCGACUCUGACAGAGACCACCGUGCUGCCCACGGCAAGACCACUGGCACCACUGGCACUUCUGGUCUCGGAAGCUCCACCGCUCCCAACACCCGCUCCACCGGCCCUGCCCCCAACACUGCCGGCCCUCACAAGUCUGACCUGCUGAACAAGCUCGACCCCCGAGUUGACAGCAACCUCGACGGCAGCAAGACUGUCGGUGGCGACAAGACUCACUCCCACUAA